CUAGCUAGCUAGCAAGGCCGAACUUAAUAGAUAGAUGACGCGGCCACACGCACACGAACGUGGACUCCGCCUUUCUGAUCCGCCCGUGACUCGGCCGGCCCGGCUGCUGACUCCGCAGAUCCACUGCCUUUGCCGAAAGGAUCCACCACCGCGGGGCUUAUAAAGGCCGCGUCUCGGCUGCUGCACUCCGGUACCAAUCCCCGAUACCUUACUCGCUAAGUCACCAGCGCCAACGCACGCACGCAGCCUGGUGAGUCCCCAUUAAGUGUCGAUCGAUCUGCGUUGAGCUCGAUCAACUUGCAGCUAGCACCGGCAGUAUCAUCCAGCAUCAAUCGAUCGAUCCAAGAUGAAGUCCAGCAGCGGCCAUGUCAUGGGAGUUCCGGUGACCUCCAAGGCGUAUGGCAUAGAAGAGGUGUCGACCAGGGAUCAGUCGUUUCGGAAGCAGGUCGACGGCGAUCACCUUGCUGUCUCGUUGACGCACCCAAGCCCGUACACGUCUUUCGGAUAUAAGCACAGCAGCAAGGGCCAGGUUGUCCACUGGGUGAGCAAGCUGGGCAGAAGGGCACAAGGCUUCCGUGAGCAUGUGACAUUGGGCCCAAAGAUAUCGGAGACAGUGAAGGGGAAGCUGAGCCUGGGGGCGAAGAUCCUGCAGGCAGGCGGGAUCGAGCGGGUGUUCCGGAAGGCGUUCUCGACCGAGAAAGGCGAGCGGCUGGUGAAGGCGCUGCAGUGCUACCUCUACACCACCGGCGGGCCAAUCGCCGGGAUGCUCUUCGUCUCCACCAAGAAGGUGGCCUUCCGCAGCGACCGGCCCGUGGCGGUCACCUCGCCCAAGGGCGACGUGGCCCGGGUGUCCUACAAGGUGGUGGUGCCGCUCAAGAGGAUCGGCAAGGUGCGGCCGAGCGAGAACGCCGACAGGCCGGAGGAGAAGUACAUCCACGUGGCCACGGUGGACGGGUUCGAGUUCUGGUUCAUGGGGUUCGUCAGCUACCAGAGGUCCUGCAAGUACAUGCAGCAGGCCAUCUCCGUCUCGCAGCAGAAAUGACUAGGGGUGGAUGAUGAUGCGUGGUGGUCGUGUGUUGUUGUUGUUGUUGUUAUUGUUGUUGUUUGUUCUGUCGUCGUCGGCACGAUGAGAAGAGGAGUUUUGGGCUACUGCGCCAUCUUUUGCUGCGGAGUAGCCCUAGCUAGGAGAAUUGCUCGAUCUCAUUUCGGAUCGGAGCAGCUCGAGAGUUCCUUCCGCGUACGGUUUGUAUCGGCUUGUGUUUUGCCUUGCGAUUGCUGUGUAGGGUGGGUCGAGAGGUGGGUCGAGAAAUUAACCAUGCUGCAUGGUAAUGAAUGGAAAGGCAGUUGUUCAAAAAUCAGAUUUGCUAUUUCUCAGUCGAUGGUCUGGUCCGUCCGA